GCUAGCUUGGAGUUGGAGAGCCCCUCCUCUUCCCAAGCUGAGCUGAGCUGAGCUGAAGGGGCUCACCGGCUGAGGCUGCCUCUCCCUCUCGCCACCGCCACCCACCACCACACCCCACCCACCCACCUACCACUCUCCAGACCAGAGCAACCGAGUGGGGGGGGGGGGGGGGGGAAUAAAAAAGCGCCCCGAAGCACGGGGAACGAAAUCGCCCGGCGAAUCCAUCCGGCGCCGCGAUGGAGGCCGCGCCCGCCGUGCUAGACGCCUUCUUCGCCGGGCCGCGCCACCACCAGCUCCGUCCCGCCGGAGCCGGGGGCGGCUGCAGAUCCGCGCGCCUGCAGGCCCAGCCGUGCCGCGCCGCCGCCCGCUUCGCCAGCAACUCCGGCGGCGGCGGCGGCACCAGCCCCGACGCCGCCAGCGGCGGCAGGCAGCCGGCGCCGCGGGUGAACGGGCAGAAGCCGCCGCCCGCGCUGGAGGCGGCGCCGGCGCCGGCCCCGGCCCCGGCCCCGGCGGAGCUAGAUCUGGUGCCCGUCUCCAACCUGCCCCGGCCGCUGAGCAUCAGCGACCUGUCCCCGGCGCCGAUGCACGGGUCGCAGCUGCGCGUGGCGUACCAGGGCGUCCCGGGCGCCUACAGCGAGGCGGCGGCCGCCAAGGCCUACCCGGGCUGCGACGCCAUCCCCUGCGACCAGUUCGAGGUCGCCUUCCAGGCCGUCGAGCUCUGGAUCGCCGACCGCGCCGUGCUCCCCGUCGAGAACUCGCUCGGCGGCAGCAUCCACCGCAACUACGACCUCCUCCUCCGCCACCGCCUCCACAUCGUCGGCGAGAUCCAGCUCCCCGUCCACCACUGCCUGCUCGCGCUCCCCGGGGUGCGCCGGGAGCUGCUCACGCGCGUCAUCUCCCACCCGCAGGCGCUCGCGCAGUGCGAGCUCACGCUCAACGCCAUGGGCCUCAACGUCGCCCGCGAGGCCUUCGACGACACCGCCGGCGCCGCCGAGCACAUCGCCGCGGCCGGGCUCCGCGACACCGCCGCCAUCGCCUCCGCCCGCGCCGCCGAGCUCUACGGCCUCCAGGUGCUCGCCGACGGCAUCCAGGACGACGCCGGCAACGUCACCCGCUUCGUCAUGCUCGCGCGGGAGCCCAUCAUCCCGCGCACCGACAGGCCCUUCAAGACCAGCAUCGUCUUCGCGCACGACGCCGACGGCACCUCCAUCCUCUUCAAGGUGCUCUCCGCCUUCGCCUUCCGCGACAUCUCGCUCACCAAGAUCGAGAGCCGCCCGCACCGCCACCGCCCCAUCCGCCUCGUCGACGACGCCAACGUCGGCACCGCCAAGCACUUCGAGUACAUGUUCUACAUCGACUUCCAGGCCUCCAUGGCCGACGUCCGCGCGCAGAACGCGCUCGCCGAGAUCCAGGAGUUCACCUCCUUCCUCAGGGUGCUCGGCAGCUACCCCAUGGACAUGACGCCAUGGGAAGCCGCGCCCUCCUCCUGGUCCUCCCGCGUCGACAAUAGCAGCAGCCAGCACUAGCAGAGAUCGAUGGUGAUCAUGCUGGUCAUGACCAAUCAACCAAGGUAGCUCGCUCGAUCCACUGAUCAACCAACCGAUCAUGACCAAUCAGCCACGCUUCUGUUUAAUUAGAAAGAGGAACGCGCAAGAACAUGUUUCUUGGUUCUUUCAUUCUCAUUCGAUUUGGAGGAGGAUUGCAUUGCAUUUGGUCGAUGCUUCUCCUCGAUGCUCCUAGCUUUUGAAUUCUAGUGUCGAAAAUCCGAAGAAACGGUGAAAUGUAGGGGGGCUCUUGUUGUAUGCUGCGGGUGUAUGUAAUUACAGUGUAUUCUUUCUUCAAAACUUCGAAGAAAUCAAGUGAAACCCAUCAGAACCAAAUUCUUUGCAUCAA